CAGUCGACAACUCUUCAGAUUUUGUCCCAGCCUAGAAAACAGAAUCCAAGAUAGAAAGAUGUGCCAAUGAUAUCACUCACUCCUUAUCUAUAAGCCUCUUCAACUUAUGUUCUCAAACCAGUACGCUACAGCACCUUUCUUCUUGAUCUCAGUUCUGCUCAAAUGGCUUCUAUUCUUCUCAAAAUCAACUUGUUACAGACCAUCCACACUUCAGAUCAUUCAUUCCAAUUACAACUAACCAGAACUCCCUCCCUUUCUCUUCAAUUCCCAACACAAAACCACCAUCUUCCCCAUGCCCACCUCUCUUUCUUCCCCUCAAGAAUACCCCUUCACAGAACAAAACCACUUUCUCUCUCCAUCCAAUCUUCUCUUUCCUCCCCCACCACUCCACCCACCACCAAAGAUGAAGCCAUCCUCCAAGCCAGAACCUGCCUCUCAGCUGCCUUGGAAAAGACUCUCAACAGCACUUUCCUAGCUGUAAAAGUACUCAAGAAGCUGAGCCAGCCCAGGUUCCAGGUCGAAAUUCCUGUUGUUGAUGAUUCACCUUCUUCACUGUCCAAACUGGCACUCCAAGUCUUUGGAGAGAUACCCAUCAGAAGAAAAGGACCUCCUGUCAAGAUUCUCAUCAUAUGGCCAAAUCCCACCUUAACCGAGGCUGCUAUAAAAGCCUUUAAGUCUAGCUCAUCGGAAUUCGUCAAACACUUGGAUAUUUCAUCAUUUGCUUCUAAUGGGGAUACCAGGGUCCUUAAGUCUGCUGAGGUGGCUGUUUUCUUUGCUCCAGAGGCUUCACAAUUGGCAGUUAUGAAAAGGGUAACCGACAGUUUGUACCCAAAACCAGUAGUGAUUUUCAACCCCGGAUGGGGGUUUGAGGAGGAGAGUAGUUUUGGUGGGUUGAGUGGGUUUGUGGGCUCAUUUGAGGUGGUUUAUUCAUUUGUGGGGUUGGGUGUCACAGGGGUUCUGAGUAAUAGGAAAGGUGUGGUCUUCAAGUGUGAUGCAGAUAUUGUUUCGAGUGGUGAGAAAUGGUUUAUCUUUGUUGAAGAAGAAGGAGGAGAAAUGAAAGCGGUUUCGAAGUUCAAAGCUCGGCCAUCGAUUGGGGAAGUUGAGAAUGUCCUGUACAAUGUGAUGGCUAUUAACUCGCCUAUUACGAAGUCUGUAAAGUUUUUCAAGGAUUUGGUGUCGAACGUAACAGGUAAAAAGUAAGUUCAAUAGACCAUUUGGAAAUUUACUGCUUUUGUUUGUGCAAUCAGCUCUUGAGAAACUCUUUCGUGGAAUGCCGGAAUGAAUGCAGUUGCGCUUGACUGUUGAUAAACGCCACAUAGCAUUGAGUUGCUUGCUUGGCAAUAAAAUUUCUAUCAAUCAAAUUAUACUUCUGUUUC